CUCGAACGCUUUUAGGCUGCCAUAAUGAGUUUGACGGCUGAAUCCACCGUGAACUUGCGCCACUUAUCUAUGUGCAAUAGCGUUUACGAGGGAUCGGACUUUGACAAGACCUCCGAACGCUCCUCUCCGAUGAUGUGUCCCGACCUGACGGUAUAUAAAUCAAUCAAUCUGAGGUCGGGGCCAUGUGAUUGAACUGCUUCCAUCAUUCAAAUUCCCCUGUCUUACAUCAAUACGGAAUUAAGAUGGCUGCAGAGUCUGUCCCAGUUCUGAUCGUCGGUGGCGGCGUUGGUGGUCUUUCCUCCUCUCUCUUCCUGGCGCAACAUGGCAUCAAAUCUAUGAUCAUUGAGCGACACUCCACUACCUCUAUUCACCCGCGAGCACGAAGCGUCAACGCACGAACGAUGGAGAUAUAUCGACGUCUAGGUAUUGUGGACGAAAUCCGCAAAGCAGGCGCAUGCAUCUCAGCCAGCGCAGGCAUGUUUCACGGUCCGUCUCUCAAAGAAGUUAUAGAUGCUAGACCGCGAAGAGAAGGUGGCCAAAAGUUUCCUUUUACCUGGGUCAUGGAAUCAGUCACUCCCGUCAAUGGUACUUUUGUGACCCAGGACAUGCUUGAACCAGUUCUUGUGAACGAAGCCAGGAGACAAGGUGUGGACAUAAGAUUCUAUACUGAAUUUGUCGGUUUCGAGCAAGACGAAGAGGUAGUUACAGCGAGUGUGAAGAAGCGAGACACUGAAGAGACUUUUAGCAUAAAUGCUCAAUAUCUGAUUGCCGCCGAUGGAGCGAAAAGCCCAGUUCGACAGCAGCUCAAGAUUCCGGUCUCAGGUCGAGGCUCGUUCGGCAAACUUCUUAAUAUACUCUUUAAAGCUGAUUUGGAAGAUCUUGUGCGCGACCGAGAAUUUUCGCUAUGUUUGAUUGAACGUUCUGAGGUAGUGGGUCUUUUCACUUCAGUCAAUAAUACGGACGUCUGGGUUUUUCAUCUUCAUUACGACCCAGCGAAAGGCGAAGGACCAGAGGACUUUCCACCCGAGAAAUGCAAAGAUCUCAUUCGUCUUGCAUUAGGCAUACCGGGCAUUGAAAUCGAUAUUAAGAGCAUACUUCCGUGGGAGCCUUCAAUUCGCGUGGCAAAUCACUUGAAACAAGGACGCGUCUUUCUCGUCGGUGACUCGGCACACCAGAUGCCACCUUAUGCAGGGCAGGGCGCGAACUCAGCAGUUGCUUCUGCACACAAUCUCGCGUGGAAGCUCGCAGCGGUGCUGAACGGCCAGGCAGAAAACGCAUUGCUGGAGACUUACGAGGCUGAACGAUUGCCUGUCGGGCGAGAAGCUGCCGAGAUAUCCGCGAUAGGAUGCGACGAGAAAGGGAUGCUACCUGUGAAGAAAAACUGGGAGUUUUUCAAAUCAAUGGCAAGCAAGCUAUUCAUUGUCGCUGGAUUUGGCUACGGUUACAAUAGCGCGGCAAUCACAAGUGAAAGCAUCUUGCCACUAGGUGGGUGGACAUGGAGACCGUGGACGCUCCCUAGUCUCAUGUUCUCCAUAGAUGGACGACCAGGUCGAAGAGUUCCACACGUGUGGAUCAAGCGCAAUGGAGAACGCAUAUCUACGAUAGAUCUUUGCGGCAAAAACUUUGUGCUCUUUGCUGGCUCAGAAGCAACAGGUUGGCUGGCUGCAGCAAAGAAACUUUCUUCAACAUCCUCAGUCAACAUUGACACAUAUUGCAUUGGACCCAGGGGGGAUCUUACAGCAAGGAGUGGUGUGUUUGAGACCGCUUCUGGCAUUUCUUCUACAGGGGCAUUACUCGUACGACCGGAUGAUUUCGUGGUAUGGAGAGCAAGAAGACAAAACAAAGAUGCAGAAUCAUUGCUCGAGCAAGCGAUAAAGAAGGCGCUAUGCUUGGCCUAAUUGUCUUAAGCACGACUCAUUGGAAAUUCUAG